AUGAAGCAUUCCAUCAAAGCAGUUCCAGGCGUUGUGAUUUUGCUCUAUCCUCUCCUCAUCUCAGCCACUCGAGAACCACCUACUCACUCGAUUGCAGGUGUGCUAAGCAGUGAUGAUCCAACGCAAGACUUGCUCCAUGAUAUUUCACACGGCCAAAGGGUGGAGUUUGGGCGUGACCACAUUGAUCAAAGCCUGACACCAUUUCUGAACCAACCUUAUUUGGCCCCAGAGGCACUAGACCUUUCCCUAGGUGGCAUUCCCACUAAUUACCGCAAGACUUUUGAUGGUGACAAGGAUUUGGGCGCUGGUGGCCAGGAUGCCUUGGCCGAUGUCCGGGGAAGCAUAAAAAGGCCAUCGCUCAACUGGCCAGCUGAAGAUGUUGAAGGAGAUGGCAAUCAGAUCGAUCAGCCCACUUCAAAAAGACCGGAUCUAGGUCUAAGAUUAUCUUCGUAUUCGGCCCAGAAAGGUAAAGAGCCAGUGAGCUCGGUAGGUCCGUCGCCUGGAAUGACUCGAGAAAAUGUUUGGGCAGAGCAAAAUCAUUCGCGCAGAAAACCUCCUUUUCAAGUGCGCGAGAGAGAACAAGAUCCGAAGAGCUAUCAACAGAAUAUUACACCUGCUGGGCAUUCAAUUCCGUUACGUCCUAAGCAUCCCAGUAGCUUCGAGGGUUUUAUUGUCAAUGACGCAGGUCUAGCAGAACCCAGCUCUGGCGCAAAGAAAAUGCAAGAAGCAAGAUACUUUGGUUUAGAAGAUCUAGAUGAUAAAAUUUGGCCAUGGAUUUCAGUGAUGCAUCCAAAUGGCCCGAAAGUGAAAAUAGACAGUCAAGCACAAUCGUUAAUCAUGGAUUCAUUAAUAAAAAAUAUACCAAAGGACCUUCAGCGAAAGCAUUCUCAAAGUAGGACCUCCAACAGUGGCGAUGCCUCGGUUCCAAUUGUCGAUUUUUUGUUAGAUGAGAGCAUGAAAGAAUUUGUUUGUUUGUUGUGGACUGAAAAUCUCAAGGUACUACACGUUAUUGAAAAUGAGUCAUCGGAUUCGAUCCGCCAUUAUGCUGAAGAACAGACCGACCUCAUGAAGUGGUUUAUCAACUUCAUCUUGGUCCACCAAGACUUCACUUCACAGCGUUCAAUCCACAAUGACGACCGGGGAGUUCCGAGUAUAGAGGAGUAUCUAUUCUAUCAAUUGUCAAAGGCCAUCCAUUCUAGUCAUCAUGAGAAUGUUUUCCAGGUAAUUCCAAGUUUUCCAGGAGGCUCGCAGAGCCCAAUUCUUGUCUCCGGCAAGCAAAUCCUGCUCAAUAAAUUUGUUCUUCAGCUCCUUGGGUUUUACUACAAAAACAUCAACUGUAUCAAAUGGGAUCACAUGUUUAAAAAAGACAAGUACUUUGUCCUUCAAGUGGCCAACUAUGGAAGAAACUGGAUUGAGCCACCUUUCUUAGGAUCUGAUCAGACUCAAACUAGUGUCCAUCAAAGUUGGGAAACAGCUUUACCAUGGAAAAAUCCAAUGUUGCCUACUUUGUCAAGGAAUUUUUCAGAUGAUGAUAAAAAUUUAGGAUUUAAAUAUGAGAAAUUAGUAGAACCACUUGGUCACUUAGUAGCAAGCUCCAAAUUAGACAUUCCAAUAAAACAAAUUCCUGAUUUUGAAUACUUGGAUCAAAAGACAUGGGCCUGGAUAUCAUUGUAUAUUGUUAAAGAGGGAGCUCCAUUUCAACAGAAAAAGAUUUUCCAAACUCAUCCAUUAUAUUUGGAUACUCAACUCCUCCCUCCUGGAAAUUUGGGGCUAUGA